GUCAAAGGUGAAGAGUUCCCGGCUGCAGGAAGAUGGCUGAGAGGGAGCAGCAGACAGGCUCCCACCAAGGAUAUGAUGUCCUUCCAUCUCUUGUAGGACAUAUCUUCAUUGUUCCAAAGAAGGAGAUCAACACAGUCCCGGACAUGGCCAAAUGGAAACGGUCUCAGGCAUAUGUUGAUUACAUGGGUUUUAUCCUCACUUUAAAUGAGAGUGUGAAGGGGAAGAAGCUGACCUGUGACUACCGGGUGUCAGAGGCAGUGGAGAAAUUAAUGGCCUUGCUGGACACAUUGGAUCUCUGGAUUGACGAGACACCCCCUGUGGACCAACCAUCGCGUUUUGGGAACAAGGCGUUUCGUACUUGGUAUGGGAAGCUGGAUCAGGAAGCCGAGAAUCUCGUUUCCACGGUGAUCCCUUCUCCGCUAAGCGCGGCAGUGCCUGAGGUGGCUGUGUAUUUAAAGGAGUCUGUGGGCAACUCAACCCGGAUUGACUAUGGCACAGGACAUGAAGCUGCAUUUGCCGCCUUCUUGUUCUGUUUGUGUAAAAUCGGUGUUCUCCAGGUGGAUGAUCAGCUCGCCAUGGUCUUCAAAAUCUUCGAUCGUUACCUUGAAGUUAUGCGAAAGCUGCAGAAAACCUAUAGAAUGGAGCCAGCUGGCAGCCAAGGGGUCUGGGGCCUCGAUGACUUCCAGUUUCUUCCCUUUAUAUGGGGCAGCGCUCAGCUUGUAGACCAUUCUACGUUGGAGCCCAGGCACUUUGUGGACGAGAAGAUUGUGAAUGAGCAUUACAAGGAUUAUAUGUUCCUGGAAUGUAUCCUGUUUAUAACACAGAUGAAGACGGGCCCCUUCGCAGAACACUCCAAUCAGCUGUGGAAUAUCAGCGCAGUCCCAACUUGGGCUAAAGUCAACCAGGGCUUGGUCCGCAUGUACAGAGCGGAGUGUCUGGAGAAGUUUCCUGUGAUUCAGCACUUUAAAUUUGGCAGCCUGCUCCCCAUUACACCUGUCAAGUCCUAAGGAUGCGGGGAGAUAGAAGAGAAGAUCCCUCUGCCUCUAGAUCCAAGCCUCCCCCCUGGCCUUCUCUGCUUCCCGGCUCUGCAGCUGCUUAUCUUCCCCACGUGGACGGAGGGUAGCAGCGCUGGCCUUAUUUUAGGAAAGACGAGAGCAAGACAACAAGAGACCAUCUUGAUAUCAGCACUGUAACGUCUGUGAACUCAUCAAGGGUGCAGAGCCCGGCGCUAGGAUGGUAUAGGGGGGCUAUGGCGUGUCUUUGUGUUCACAGUAGGUCUGUUUACCUUGUAGGUUAUGCCAUGGCACACAAAAUUCAGACCGCAAGUCUCUUGUGACAAAAGAUGAACCCAGAAGUUGGGGGUGGGUUGUGGGGUUAUUCUCUGUAUCAUAACUUAAGAUUCCGCACAAUGUAAGUAGUCCUUUUUCCCCCGCUCCUUUCUGUGUCCAUAUUCAACUAUGGAAAAAAGCUGCGAGCGGGUGGCUUUGUCCAGACAAAAUGGCUUCCUUGAUGUCUGUGUUUCAGUGAAGAACAAAUGGGUGAUGGAACUUUGCUUUAUUGUGCAGCUUAUAGAGAUUACACCAAUAAAAUCUCAAAUCCCUAAAA